GGCGUAGUUGCAUUCCUUCCUUCACUCCUUUACUCUUUCACUCCUUGACUCCUUCUUUCCAUCCUUCCACCCAUCCGCCGUCUGACUUUAAAACAGCCGUUUUCCCCCAGCUUGUCUGCAUCUUCAUUCAGCCCAAGUGCUCGAUCAACUACCAUUUCAAGUGCUCGAUCAACUACCAUUUCAAGUGCUCAAUCAAGUACUUUUCAAGUCCUUUAACUUCCGUCAUGUCCAUCGACACGGGGUCCCUCCCGUACUACCCGCGCCUCGUCGCCGAUCCCCCGCCUGACUCCCCCGCGCCCAGCUCCCCCCUUCGAUCACCUUACGUCGCCCUUGCCUGUCCAGACUCCCUCUGCGCAGCCCUCCUAACCACGCUAUGCGUCUCCCUCUUCUCCGCAGCAACAGCGGUGUACCUCUUCACCGCUGCUGCUCCCCCACCCCCCACCGUCCCCACCGCCGUCGCGCUCGCGCUCCCCGCGCCCACCCCCCCCUGGAAAUCAAACCACACGACGCCCUCUUCCCUCGAAUGGUCCGCUGAGCUCUCUACACUCCUCACCCGUGCCAGCUUCGACGCUGCCGACUGGCUGUCCAGUCUCGGCGCCAUACCGCACCCCCCGCACACCGACACUUUGAUUCGGCUUGUCGACGUAGUGCUAGGCGCGACGAAUCACACAGCACCGACGCUCUACCAUGUGAAUACUGCGUGGAACGGGUACCAGGGUCUUACUGCCGUGCUGAACGCAGAAGCUAUGCGCGUAGUGCGCCGGAACCCAGCGGCAGAACACGCCAGCAUCUGUGCAAUGCUGUCCCGCACAGCUGACGCCCUAGUCUUCGUUGACUUGGCUACAACACAACUCACCCUCUCUUUGUCUGCACUACAAACCGCCUUGUCUACCCUCCACGCAUACAUCCGCGCCACCUUCCAGACUUCCCAGACCUCGUUCUCCGCUCUAGACUCUCGCGCUACGUCCCUCCUGCGCAGUCUAGCGUUUGACAUCAACACGUUCCUGGAUGCAAAGCUCUUCCCCAGUGUCAACGUAACUCUUGCUACGCGACUGCCAGCGCAACAAUCCUAUGCUGUUCGUAAGAUGGAGGGCGAGGUCAUGGAAGUGUUAGUCGACGCUCAGGAUCGAAGGAAUGAGGUAACGACGUUUGCGACUGAUCUUGAGUGGAUCAAGGGUUUUUUGGAGGGCGUGGGCGGGGCAAGGGCUUGUGCCGCGUGGGUUGGGGUCGAGAAGCCUCGUGAGAAGAUGGUUGGUGGUGAAUCAAGUGGUAGUGGGUCGGGAGGGGAGGGCGGAGAAGGAAAGAGAAAUCCUCUAAGUAUUUUACUGGGACAUCAGAUUGCGAAGCUCAGUGCUGAGGAGGUCAUUGAGGCGGUGGAUGUUUGGGGUGUAAGGAGGGUGCCAGUUGCCGGCGCAGAAGUCUAUGGGCAAGAGCCACAGUAGCUAGGCAUGGGGUGUUAGGAGUUUGGGGUGGGCAUAGGAGAGGAAUAGACCUCAUGGAUCAAACGUUUGUGUCAGACAUAGUUAGCUUCGUUGUCUAAAAGACUGCGUUGUCCUCGAGGCAGGCUGAGCAGAAGAGAUGGACAUAUCGCGCUGGGAUUGUGUUGAUAGAGC